GGCCUGGCAGCGCCGGGCUCCGUCAGGGGCCGUGAGGGCCUCAGCGGCGGCCGGGCUCGGGCUGGGCCUCCCCGCGGCCGGCACGGCGCUCGGGGCAGCGGUCGCUCCCUGCCCAGCGCCUCCCGACCCCACAGUGAUUUCAGCAGCCAAUAAAUAAUAAAAAAGGAAAAAAAAAAAACAUAAAAAUGAUGUCAAGACAAGCUUUCCUGUGCAGCUUGGGCUCUCUGUACUUGUCCCUCCUGUUCAUCUUCCUCCUGAUGGACGUUUAUGCCAGGCCUGCCAACCACUCCGUGCUGAAGGAGCGGGCAGGGGAGGCCCGGGAGGAGAACGAGAUCCUGCCCCCCGACCACCUGAACGGCGUCAAGAUGGAGCUGGACGGGCACCUGAACAAGGAGUUCCACCAGGAGGUGUUCCUGGGCAAGGAGCGCGAGGAGUUCGAGGAGGACUCGCAGCCCCGCAGGAACAGGAGGAAGCUCGUGGGCAUCUUCUCCAAGGUGGAUAUAAAUAAUGAUCAAAAGAUCAGUGCCAAGGAAAUGCAGCGCUGGAUCAUGGAGAAAACAGAUGAGCACUUCCAGGAGGCUGUGCAGGAGAACAAAAUGCACUUCAGGGCUGUGGAUCCUGAUGGAGAUGGUCACGUUUCUUGGGAUGAAUAUAAAAUUAAAUUCUUGGCAAGCAAAGGCUUCAAUGAAAAGGAAAUUGCAGAGAAAAUCAAAAACAACGAGGAGUUGAAAAUAGAUGAAGAAACGCAGGAAGUGCUGGACAAUCUGAAGGAUCGCUGGUACCAGGCGGACAAUCCCCCCCCGGACCUGCUGCUGAGCGAGCAGGAGUUCCUGUCCUUCCUGCACCCCGAGCACAGCCGCGGCAUGCUGCACUUCAUGGUGCAGGAGAUCGUCCGUGACCUCGAUCAGGAUGGGGAUAAGAAGCUGACCCUGUCAGAGUUCAUCUCCCUGCCCGUGGGCACGGUGGAGAACCAGCAGGCUCAGGACAUCGACGAUGACUGGGUGAGGGACAGGAGGAAGGAGUUCCAGGAGGUCAUCGACGCCAACCGCGACGGCAUCGUCACCAUGGAGGAGCUGGAGGAGUACAUGGACCCCAUGAACGAGCACAACGCGCUGAACGAGGCGCGGCAGAUGAUCGCCGUGGCCGACGAGAACCAGAACCACCACCUGGAGCUGGAGGAGAUCCUCAAGUACAGCGAGUACUUCACGGGCAGCAAACUCAUGGAUUACGCCCGCAACGUCCACGAGGAGUUCUGAGCUCCCUCCUCCUCCCCCUUUCCAGAACUUUCUGUUCCGCUCCCAACCACCCCCUCCAAAAAAAACCAAAAUCCCAGGGAAAAAGGAUUCAGCCGAGCAGCGGGAAUUGGUGGUCGCGGAUUCCCGAUUUUCCGUCCGUCCCCGCUCCUUGGAGAGGAUUUUCCUGCAGGAAAAAUGGUGGGAAUUCCUGGAUUCAGGUAGUUCUGCUCCUUGGUUUGGGGGUGUUGAAGCCAGCUGGAAUUUUGGGUGGGAGGAUCUUGGAAUAUUCCCUGGUUUCCUUCAGCUGCUGAUCCAGGGAAUCCCAAAUAAAGGUUGGGUUUUGGGAAUUUUGGUGGUUCCAAGGAAUGUUUGACCUCCUGGGAAUAUCCACACUCAAUUCCAGUGUUUUUCUCAGCUUCCUGAAGAGUUGUUGGGAAUUUAAUGGAAUUUUUCAGGGAGCUGUGGGGAAGAAUUUAUUUAAAAUGUUACAGAAAACCUUUUCGGAAUUAAUUUUAAAAAAUAAAAUAACAUUAAUUAAGAUUAAAUUAAUAUUAAAAUGACAUUGUUUUGUUGACAUCUGCACUGGGAAUGGGAGAUCAUGGCUUUAAAAUAUCAGAUUUUAGUCAAAAAUCAAACAACUGGGAAGGUUUUUUUGGAAUUUAAGCUGUUGGACAGAGCAGUGGGAGUUCCCAUGGAGUUUGAUGGCUGCUUAAUUAAUAUUCACUGCUAAAAUUAAUGAGCUCUAUGCUAAUUAAUGCUGUUAAUGAGCUGCUGAUGAUGAUUUGGGGGAAAUUCCAGGCUUUGGGUGAGCUCUUUCCCAAAUAAAAUUGAUUUUUUCCCUCUGCUUCCAUCUUUCCUGGGAAAAACCCCUCUUUGGGAAAGAAUUCCUGAAAAUCUGAGAUGUUUUAUUUGAUUAAAUUUAUUCUUAAUAUAAUGUAAAUACAGUAAUUGCUGUCCCUCUUUCCCUUUUCCUGCUCUUUAUUUGAUGUUUUUAUUAAAUUCCUUGGAUAAAAGAUUUUAUAUCCUUUUUAUUUUGAUUUUCCAUUAAAUAUUUCUCUCCAUG